CUUUAAACCAAAAAUUUUCUCAUAAUUUCCUCUUUUUAUCACAGAAUUCUCGAGUUUUUCCUCGCAAAAAGCCAUUCGCAGCGCGCAAUGCUCGCGUAACGUCGUGUCUCAAGUGAACUUCCAUUGAAAAAGCGCCAAAAUCACGACGAAAAUGAGGAAAUUGUCAAACGCCCUGCAGAAAAAAAUAUUUUUCGCACUUUUGCUCAUGGUGCCUGCCAAUGGGCUUCCGCAGGACUCGCAAGAGCAACUUGGCUCGAAUCAGGAAGGCUACUGCGCGCCAUAUAAUGGGAAAAUUUGUAAAGGAUACAUCAAAAGUCAACGCAGUGUCUGGUACACGCGUGACGGCGACGGUGGUUGGGAAAAUGAGAAAAUUACGACGGCAUUGUGGGACGAACUGAUUGCCGAUUUGCCUCCAUUGUGCAAAGAAGCCGCAGAGAAAUUGCUCUGUGCUUACGCCUUUCCGCAAUGCAUCAUCAAAAACGGACAACCCGUGAAACUUCCUCUUUGUUACGAAGAUUGCGUCGCGACCCAUUUGCAAUUUUGCUACAACGAUUGGGUCCUAAUUGAGGAAAACAAGUCGAAAAAUAAGUUUAUCAAGUCACGUGGGCACUUCCGUUUGCCCGAUUGCAACGCAUUGCCAAAGUACGAAAAGUCUGCCAAACAAGCCAAAUGCUCGUAUGUGGGUCUCACGGAGAUGCGAAAAGACAUGAUCACGAGAGAUUGUCGCAUGGGUAACGGGCGAUACUAUUUGGGCACGAUGAAUGUCACGAACACGGGAUUGCCGUGCCAAAAAUGGAGCGUUCAGAGUCCCCAUGAACACAUUCGACCGCCAGAGGUGUUUCCGGAGCUGAAAAAUGCCGAAAAUCAUUGCAGAAAUGUCGGCGGAGAGGAAUCCAUGCCGUGGUGCUAUACGAUGUCGCCUACUGUGAGAUGGCAACAUUGCAGUAUUCCGUUGUGUCCAAACUCAACGGAUCAAGAACACACAGCGCCCGUGCCAAAAAUCUCCAUGGAGUCCUUUUUCACGCCAACGAUGAUUUUCAUCCUCAGCGGCAUCGGCUUAGCUGUCAUAAUUGUCCUUCACUUAACAGCAUUCCUCUGUUACCGCAUCGCCAAUCGCAAUAAACGUGGCAGAAAUCCCGCUGGAUAUGGCGUCGCCAAUACCACAGACUCCCAAAGCAUUGAUUUGAACAAGCUCCCAAGCAACAUGUCGUACCAUCAAACAGGCGCCCAACUGAAUCCGAGAUUAGAGAAACUCGAGUAUCCGCGAAAUAACAUCAUUUAUUUGAAAGAUUUGGGCCAAGGAGCGUUCGGAAGAGUUUUUCAGGCAAAAGCGCCGGGAUUAGUUGCGGGAGAAGAUUUUACAAUUGUCGCCGUGAAGAUGCUGAAAGACGAGGCAAGUCAGGAUUUGCAAGUAGAUUUCGAGCGGGAAGCAAUGUUGUUGGCUGACUUUGAUCAUCCGAAUAUUAUUCGCCUUUUGGGUGUUUGCGCCUUAGGUCGACCAAUGUGUUUGCUCUUCGAAUAUAUGGCACGUGGCGAUUUGAAUGAAUUUCUACGUUCAUGUUCGCCCUAUAACGUGCACAAUCGCAUGGAUAUUGGCAGCACAGAACUCACGCACAGCGAUCUUCUGAGCAUCGCACAUCAAAUUGCCUCCGGAAUGGUUUAUUUGUCCGAGAAGAAGUUCGUGCAUCGUGACUUGGCGACGCGAAAUUGCUUAAUUGAUGAUAACAUGACGAUAAAAAUCGCUGAUUUUGGUUUGUCGCAUAAGAUUUACAUGCAAGACUAUUACAAAGGGGACGAACAUGAUGCAAUUCCGAUUCGAUGGAUGCCACUCGAAAGCAUUUUGUACAAUAAGUACACCGUGGAGUCGGAUAUUUGGGCUUAUGGCGUGUGUUUAUGGGAAAUUUUCUCCUUCGCUAUGCGCCCAUACUUUGGAAUGUCGCACGAAGAAGUCGUAAAAUUCAUUAAGGAAGGUAACAUGUUGAGUUGUCCCGAGAAUACGCCUCUCGUUAUCUACGACAUUAUGCGUCAUUGUUGGAAUCGGAAGCCAAGUGAGCGACCCAGCUUCCAAUAUAUCUCAAAUACGCUCCAAGCCAUAAGAAAUGACUAUGAUAGUAGGUUACCGCAUUAAAAUUCCCAAAGAUCUCAAAAAAUAAUUUUCUUCAGUUAAAAAAAAAAUUAAGAAUUGACUUCUUACAAAGAGAAAAAUACUUGAAUGUCACCUUAUUUCACGGUUUUUUAGUGAAUAUGAAAAAAAAAGUUAAAAUUAAGUAUAAAUUAAUUAGUUGUAAUGAUCAGCACUAAACCAACACAGUAAUAUUUAGGAUUUUCUUCAUAAUCAUCGAAUUAUUUAUCCU